CGAAUCGACCCGGCGUGACAUUUCUGCUUGGUUCACCUUUCGUUGUGACCGGCUUCCGCAGGACGAUGGUCCCCAAGGUUCAUUUAUAGCGCUACUAGCACGCCUCAAGACUGCGAAACAGACGGGCAAUAAAAUGCCGGGCACUUGCGAGGUCUGCGUGUCGGAGCCCUCCAAAUACCGAUGCCCGACUUGCGGGUUGAUGAGUUGCUCCCUCGCAUGCACUCAAUCACACAAGAUCUACUGCGCCCCGAAGGCACUGCCGCCGAAACCGUCGGAAGACCAAGGACCCUCAGCUGCAGCCAAUGGAGACACCCUCGAGGCUGAAAUUCCUCAGACGGAGACCAGUCUCGAUAUCAAGUCCUUAGGCACCUCCAGUCAGCUCAAGGAGCUCCUCGAUCGCUUUCCUUCUCUGCGGGAUCAGCUGCAGGACAUCUACCAGGCUACUUUAGAGGAGGAAUGGCAAGAGACCCAACCGUACGCCGGUCGGCCCCGGGGCUUUGGGACAGGCAGAGCGACGCAUCGUCAUCGCGGACCGUGGACGCGUGAGAAAGGGUUCAACCGGGGAGUGGGCAAGGUCAGAAAGCUUCGAGAACGAUGCGAAGAGGGGGAUGAAGUAGGCCAGAAAGCAGAAGGCUAUAUGCGCUUCAUGGCCUUGAUCACGGGGAAUCAGCUACCUGAGGCUGCAUGAGAAUGUGCCUGUCUGGUUUUGUUGGUGCGUCUUGCAACGAGAGGCAAGGUGGCAAACUACGCUUCCCACCGGAAAGGUGCCAAGACUGCACGCAGUGCAGUUUUGAGCUUGGCCAGCCGACCAGCUCGAUGCUGCUUCACCUAGCAGUCAGCCGCCUUGCUUCUCGCCCUCGGGGACACGUGUGGGCAAACUAGCUGGAGACGGCGGUCUUGUCCGACGAGUUACGACAGCAAUCCCAUCACAAAAGCCGCGUGUAUAUAGUUAAACAGUAUAGCCUCACUCGAAGGCCACCGCAAAGCAAUCGAAUUCAAAACACUCGCCAGGAUGGCCAAAAUGAG